GGGGAAUUAGAUGUUGCUAUUCCUAUGCUUGCUUGCUUUCUUCUUUCUUCAAUCAAAUGCAUUGGCAUCGAAAGCAGCUGGUUUUGAAGCCAGUUGGAGUAUAGAUCCAUGUAGUCCUCUUGGACCUCAAAACUGGGGCACGCUGCCUGGAUAUUCAUGGGCAAUGUGUGCUUCAAGACCUGAAGGAAUGCAAUCGCCCAUAAGCGUCAAACCCAGCAACAUCUACAACAGACACUUGGGGAGGUUGAUCAGAUCUUACACCGAGGCCCCUGCACUUCUGUUGAACAAGGGGCAUGAAAUCAGCAAGAAAAAAAACUUGAUUUUUUAACAUUUUCUUCAAUUUAUCAUAAAUUUUAGAAGAUUGUGCUAGUUUUUUAAAUUGUUGGAAUUUUUUUCAGGUUAAUUGGACAGAAUUGCCCGGCGCUCUUCUUCUAAAUAACAAGUUCUUUUAUCUCAGGCAGUAUCAUUGGCACACACCUUCUAAGCAUGAGCUCUUUGGCAAAAGAUACCCUUUGGAGCUUCACAUGGUUCACAUCGCUUCAGAUUCAACCCCAGAAAUAACAGUCAUCGGUGCGUUGUUUGAGUACGGUGGCAUAGUCGAUCCUUUCCUGGACAUGGUGCGGCUUAUUCCCCUUCACUAGUAUAAUGGAAGAGAGGUCACAAUAUCUAAAAUAUAGCAUUUGCUGCUCUUCUCCGGUACACAUUCACAUCUUCAGAUAUAUUAUUAUGGCUGAGCAGCAGACAGUAGCACCCCGUGACUACAAGGUUAUUAGAGUUGUCGGAGAUACAUUUGUUCCUGAUGGCCACCGGGUAACCUCUUAUAUCACUAGUAAGUUUAAAGAGCGAGUAUGUGCUUCUGGUACUACAUGGCGGCAUGUAGAUCAGGAGAUGAAGAUAUUUUAUUACAAUGAAUUCGUAAAAAGGUAUACAUGGGAAGAUGGUCAAGAAGAACAGUUUAAAGUUACAUGGAAUAGUUAUUGUGCUAAACUGUACAGAGACCUCAGGAAAAAGGGCACUAGGCCAGUGUAUGUUUCGGAGACGAUAUGGAGUGCAUGGACGACCACCUGGGCUGUAGAAAGAUGGCGAGAAAAUGCUGAAAAAGCUCGAUCUAAUAGGAAUACAGAGCCAAGUGGCCCGAGCACCGAAAUCGCUCGGCAUACAUCAGGAUCGAAAUCUAUUGUUAAGCAUGCUAUGGAUUUGGAGCAUGAUCUUGCUCGGCAACCCACAUGCAUGGAGGUAUUUCUGAAGAUCCAUAAGAAGAAAGAUGGGUCAUUUGUCGAUUUUCGAUCUCAGGCCCUACACGUAAGAUUAUUAACUUUAUUUCAUUUGUUCAUGCAUUUCUAUUUUGAUUAAUUUUAAUAAUUGUUAUCAAAUUAAAUUGUAAAAUACUGAAAAAUUAGCGAAUAAUGAUAAGGGAUUUUUCCGAAAUUUUUGGAAAUUUUUCGGGAAUUUGUCGGAGCUCGUAGGACUAAGUUUAUGGGGAUUAAAAUGGGGUCUAGGAAAGCCUGUUUAGGCUACCCCAUUUAUGUGAGGAAAUGUUGAUUUUCCUUUUUAUUUUCUUUUUAUUUUUCGUUAUUUCUUUUUCCCCAUUUCUCCUACCGUGCGGUUCCCUACUUCUCCCUCGUCGAUCUCUCCUCCUUCUUCUCGAUCCUUCACCUAUUCUCUUCCGAUCCAGCCGAGGACAUCCCUUUCCCUUCCCAUUUUUUUCCUCCCGAGUCGAUUUCCCUCCUCAUACCUAGCACCGGCCUCUUCAUCUGCUCUUUCUCGAGCCGUAUCUAGGCGCCGCCACCACAUGAGGCGAACGGAGCAGCGCCUCUCCACUGCGGCUCUCCCUCCAGCGGUGCCCUAGUGCCGUUACCUCCAUGUCAUCGUCAUCGCUAGAGGUCACGGGGUCAGGUCAGGGAUGUCGCUCCAUUACCUGUGCCCUAGUUCCAAACCCCUGUCGG